UCCAGGUCAUCCUGAGAGACUGACACACACAGGACAGGAGAAUGUACCAGACACUGACGCCUCUUAGUCCACCGUGCCCACCAGAGACCGAAGCAGCAAGCAGACCCGAGGAGAACCAGCACUAGCUACAACGUUCUGUCCGCCCUCCUCCAGUCCUCCCAGCCACCAAUGCUCUGUGAGGCUCUCUAUCCUCUCCUCUCCCUGGGCAUAAUGCUCCAUCUCUACUGCUGAGCUCCACCUUACCCCCUAACCUUUACCCCCUAACCUUACCCACCAUGACCAGUCUGAAGCGGUCUCAGACGGAGCGUUCGGUGGGCGGCUCGGUACCUGCCUCUGAUGAAUUCUACACUCGCCGUCUGCGCCUCCCCAACGGUGGCGCCCCCCCACCCCGCUCCGAAAGCGCCCACCUCACCUCCUCUUCCUCGUCCGGCUCCUCUUCAUCCUCCACCCCGGGGGUUCCCAAGAUGGGGGUCAGGGCCCGCGUGGCAGACUGGCCCCCGAAAAGGGACGGAACGGGUGGAGUGUGGCACAUCACCGUAGAUACGGACUCUCCGAGUUCUACCAUGUCAUCUUCAGGUGGCGGAGAACGCGGGUCGGGCGGAGAACGCGGGUCGGGCGGAGAACGCGAACGAGAGCGGAGCUCGGGGUCGGGUUCAGGCUCGGCGCCCCUGGCCCAUAGCAGCAUGUCAGCUAAACUGGGCCACCUGAUCAGCCCUCAGGACUCGUCGAUGCUCCGGAACAUCCACAACACCCUGAAGAGCAAGAUGCACCACGGCAGACAUCACAGCAAAGACAACCGCUACCUGUCGCCGGACGGCUACCAGGGCUCGCCGCGUAAAGGCAUGAGGCGUAUCCGCCAGCGCUCCAACAGUGACAUCACUAUCUCUGAGCUGGAGGGUGACGGGGGCGAGGGCUGGUCCUUCUCUGGCUGGACGCCCAUGCACCGAGAGUACGGCAGCACGUCCUCCAUAGACAAACAGACAGGCUCAGAGGAGAGCUUCUUCGAUAUGCUCAAGGGUUAUACAUCCCAGGAUGCACCAGACCAGCGCAGCCCGGCACCGGACAGACUCGGGGAGCUGCUGACGGUCGCCCCGCACAAACAGGCUGCCCUGGAUCUGCCUGAUGGACCCCUGGGUACUGCCAGAGGUAGCCCCGCCAGUCGCCUGAAGGAAAGGGAGAAACAACUCAAAAGGAGAUCCAAGUCGGAGACGGGCGGGGAGUCCAUCUUCCGGAAGCUUCGUAGCGUCAAGGCCGAGGGCGACUCGUCCCGUGCCGGAUCAGACAUAGAAGACGGGGGGCGGGAGGACGGUAACAGCCCCAAACCCUGGAUCUGUCAGAAGGGCUUCGCCCACUUUGACGUGCAGAGUAUCCUCUUCGACCUCAACGAGGCCAUCCAGGGACGACAAUCCGGCGGGAAACGCAAGAACACCACCACAGGAGCUUCGGCUGCAGCCGCCGCCUCGGCCUCUGCCACUUCCUCCCUCUCGUCCAAUCAGAGCGGAGUAUACGGUGGGGGCGGGUCUCCGUGCGGGUCGCAGGAGGAGCUAAGUGGGAAGGAGGGGUGUCUGGGUACAGGAGGGGGACAUGGCACUAACCCUGCCCUGGAUCCUGGGGAUGACCAGAGCAAUGAAUUGGUGCUGAACUGUCCCUGUUUUAGGAAGGAACUGGGAGGAGAGGGAGAAAGGAACAUCCGCCCUUCUAAACAGCAGGGGAGUAUAGGCAGUGGAGGGAGCUCUGGGGGGGGAGGUGGCUCAGAGGAGGGGCCCCUGGAGACCACUCUCCCCCACUUCACCAAUGCCGGGGUGGCCGUGCUGGAGGCCCCUAAAGAUGGACAGGGACAACACGCCGACAGGGCCAGACGAUCUGUAGAACACUGUGACCUGGGGGCUUACUACUACAGGAAGUACUUCUACCUGAGAGAGCAUUGGAACUACCUGGGUGUAGAUGAGACUCUGGGUCCAGUAGCAGUGAGUCUGACGGAGAGAGAAGCUGGAGGAACACAAGAGCAUGGACAGCAGUACACCUACAGAGUCAUCUUCAGAACCAGCGAGCUCUCCACCCUGCGUGGAUCCAUUCUGGAGGAUGCGGUGCCCUCCACCUCUAAGCACGGCCUGGCUCGGGGUCUACCCCUCAAAGAGGUGCUAGAUUACCUGGUACCAGAGCUGACCGCCCACUGUCUCAGACUGGCACUUAACACACCUAAAGUCACAGAGCAGCUGAUGAAGCUGGACGAACAGGGGUUGAGUUUCCAGUUGAAGGUGGGGGUGAUGUACUGUGCGUCGGGACAGAGCAGUGAAGAGGAUAUGUAUAAUAAUGAUUCAGCGGGUCCUGCUCUGGAGGAGUUCCUACAGCUGCUGGGGGAGAGGGUCCGACUGAAGGGAUUCACCAAGUACCGAGCCCAGCUGGACACUAAGACUGACUCCACAGGAACCCACUCCCUGUACACCACCUAUAAGGACUACGAGGUGAUGUUCCAUGUGUCCACCAUGCUGCCCUACACACCCAACAACAAACAACAGCUCCUGAGGAAGCGUCACAUAGGGAACGACAUAGUGACCAUCGUGUUCCAGGAGCCGGGGGCUCAACCCUUCACCCCCAAGAACAUACGGUCUCACUUCCAACACGUGUUCGUAGUGGUGAGAGCACAUCAACCCUGCUCUGACAACACCAGCUACAGGCCGUCCACCCCCUACACACCCCACUCUCGUCAAACUCACAACCCUCUCGUCCGCACUCACACUCCGACCUCCGUCCCCCUACAACACCUCACCGUCCACUACACCCCCUCCUCCGCUCCCACUACACCCCUCCCCGCUCCCACUCACCCACCCUCCCGCUCCAACUACAACAACUCCCCGUACCACACCUAA